AUGUACGACAUCAACGUGCCCACUCAAUUUGGGCCGGCUACCGUCCGUAUCGGUCUUCCUCCUUCCUCUCUCCUCAACUUUCCCCCCGCCGAACUCCCUAUUACCAUUCCUGCUCCUCACGUCUCCGAAUUCUCUUGGAAGCAACCUUUCAACAUCCCCAAUGAUUUAUAUAAUCAAGUCUUGGAUGUCCGCGUACCAAUUACCAUCGCCAGCGUCUACGCCCUGACCGUGAUCCUGAUCAAUCGCAUCAACAAGAGCCGCGGAUACAAGCCAUGGGGUUUCAGUCACUCCAAGCUGUUUAAGCUGUUUGUGAUCCUGCACAAUGUCUUCCUCGCUAUUUACUCUGCCUGGACAUUUGUGGGUAUGUUCCAGGCCUUUGGAAAUGCCUGGUCUGAUCGCGACCAGCCCAAUGGAUUGGCAGGUGUUGUAGACUCUCUCUGCAAGAUCAAUGGUCCGCGCGGAUAUGGUAAUGCUGCGACAUACAGCCGGUUCACCGAUGAAUGGUCUAUUCCCAACCCGGAGUACAAGUUGACCAACGGUCUUCCUGACACUACUGAUGUUGGUCGUCUCUGGAACCAGGGCCUGGCCUACUUUGGCUGGAUCUUCUACCUCUCCAAGUUCUACGAGGUUGUGGACACUGCUAUCAUUCUCGCCAAGGGCAAGAAGAGCUCUACUCUGCAGACUUACCACCACGCUGGUGCUAUGAUGUGCAUGUGGGCUGGUAUCCGCUACAUGGCUGCUCCUAUUUGGAUUUUCGCAUUGGUCAACUCUGCUAUCCAUGCGAUGAUGUACACCUACUACACCCUCACUGCCCUCCGCAUUCGCGUCCCCACUGCGAUUAAGCGUAGCCUGACCACCAUGCAAAUCACUCAAUUCGUCUUCGGAACCAACAUGGCCGCUGCCUACCUCUUCGUCCAUUACACUAUCCCUUACCCCGUGGGCAGCACUGCUCUGCAGCAUCUGUCCAACGUGGCCCCCGCCGUGGCCAGUGCUACCGCUGAGGCUGGUGCCAUUUCCUGGAUUAAGAAGCUUGCUUUCCGCGCUGCUGGAGCCGAGGGAAUCGCAGAGAACGUUGGUGGCGCCGCCGCUGCCGCUGUUACUGGCUCUGGAUACACCCAGGAGAUGGUGACCUGCAUGGACACCACCGGUCAGGCAUUUGCCAUCUGGCUGAAUGUUUCCUACUUGUUGCCCUUGACCUACCUAUUCAUGCGAUUCUUUGUCCGCUCCUACCUUAAGCGCAAGGAUCAGGGUACCAAGCAGGCCACUCACUACGAAGCCGCUGAGAAGGCUAGUUUGGAUGCUCUGAAGGGUCUGAGCCGCGAGAUCCAGAAGGCCGCCAUUGAGGGCGAGAACAGCGAGGCCACCGAUGAGGAGUUCGUCAAGGCUCACGUGCAGAAGAUCGCAGAGCAGAAGCCUACUCAGGAUUCCCCCAUUCGCACACGCGCAUCCGCGGCCAACAAGGCCAAGGCUGUUGCUGCUGCUGCCGCUACUGCCAACCAGUCUGGCUCCGAUGAGGGUUUCUCUCCUGUGCCCGCCAAGAAGGGUGCCAAGAAGCAGACCAAGGCCAGCCAGGAGGCUUCCUCAAGCGGCAUUGAAACCAAGGGUCAGAACCCAUUUGGUGUCUUGGGUAACGAUGCGUGA